AUGCAUCUAGCAGCCUUGCUGCGCCUUGCUAAAAGAGGGCCAGAGUCGAAGGAUCGCCUUUGGGAAAUAGCAUGUCGCGGCCAAAGGCCUCCUUUCAAGUCAGCGGCCAAUACAAUCACAGUGUUUGAGUUUCCAAUUGCGGAGUUCUCCGAGGCCGUUGUACGAGGCAAAGGGGUCCGCGAACAAGUGCUAGUCCGCUCAUUCUGCGCCACGGCUUCAAGGCGAGGGAUCGGCGAGAGAAGACCAGCCAAUGGCACACAUGGCGAUGGACCAGCAGACCGUGACGCCGGCGCUCCAGCCGGUGGAGAAGGAGCACUGCUCCGUGUGCGAGGCAACCAGCUGAAACAGGGCGUCCGGUGCCGUGUGAUCCGGAAAUACGGUAUCAUUUCACGGAAGCCCGAUCGCUGGGACGGGGCAGGCGAGAGGGAACUGCAGCACGACGAGCGCGAGGACGUUGAGCGACGCACCGAGUUAUAUACUCACGGGAUGGGUCGGGAUGCCAUCUUGAGGCUAGCGCCGCGCCAAACCGCUUCUGGACAGGCUAAACCCGAACAGGGCACCUGGGGGCCCACGCCAAACCGGAUCGAGGGGGGCGCCGAAUCCGGCCGCGCCGGCACAAAUGGUUUAGGGGCGAUUUACUGA